UCGAAGCACUAACCUCAAAAGUUCUUUUCCCGGAGUGUGUUUCGCUUCUUUACACGUGUUUCAGGAUGGCCCCUACGGAAACAAAGGCCGCCGCACCGGCCAAAGUUAGCAAAAAGGUGCGAAAGGACCGCAAAAAGGCGCAGAAGGUCAACAAGUACCCGCAAAGCCUGCUGACCAGUGGAAUUUACCGCAUUACGCGCAAGAAGUUGGUCAAGUUGCGCCCCUUGCCUUCGGCGGAUGCUAAGAAGAAGCCCAAGAAGCCCGUCACUGUUGUGAAGAAGAUUGGAGGUGCGAAGAACGGCGGCGAGCGCACCGUGCUGCUGCGUAAGAACAAGUCCGACCGGCCGACCAGACGUUUCGCCCGCAAGCGCCCGGCCAAAUCGUGCUUCCGCAACCACAAGCGCAACAUCCGCAAGACGCUCCAACCGGGCAAGAUUUUGAUCCUGCUUGCUGGCCGUCACAAGGGCAAGCGAGUGGUGCUGCUUAAGGUGCUGCAGACCGGGCUGCUUCUCGUGACCGGUCCGUUCGAGGUGAACGGUUGCCCGAUGCGCCGCAUCGAGCAGAACUACGUCAUUGCCACGAAGACGAGCGUUAACCUGGAGAAGCUCAAGUUGCCGGAGCAUAUUAAUGACCGGUACUUCCGUCGCGUACACCCCAAAAAGAAUACCCGCAAGGAACGGGACAUUUUCGAGCGGAAGCAGUUCAAAUACGUGGCGUCCGAGCAACGCAAGGCCGACCAGAAGGUGGUGGAUGCCCAGGUUAAGGCUGCCAUCAAGGAACACAAGGAGGGCAAGCUGAUUACGCGCUACCUUAAGUCGAUGUUCUCGUUGCGCACCAACAUGUUCCCGCACCGUAUGCUGUUCUAAAGUGUGCCGGAGAAGGAAGGCUUGCGGCAAGGGCAGGGGCGGAUAUUCGUAGAAGAUCGGCGGGUGAUGUGCGCGUGUAAACAAAGUGCAACCGAACUGUUGUAAGGUGGCUGAAGGCGCGAACUAAUUUACGUUAUAACAUCCCACGGCUGAGAUUCGGAUCAGCAUUAUGGAAAUAAUAAAAUUUAAAGAUUACUUCUUUAAAUCA